AUUUACAGUGCUGUUGUAGCAAGUCGCAUCCUAGGCCACAAGAUGGAAAAUGCACCGGAGAAACCCGGGCUGCAAGCGGCCGCUGUACUUCCAGCUGGCGGCUGCGGGGAGAGGCUCGGCGGCUCCACCCCAAAACAAUUCUGCACCGUACUGGGGAGACCCCUAAUCAGUCUCACGCUAGAAGCCUUUGAGAGAGUCAAAUGGAUUCACAAUAUUGUUGUAGUUGCGGCACCAGAAAAUGUUGACUUGAUGAAGACGAUUGUUCAUAAGUAUAACCAUAAGCGUAUCACAAUAGUGGAAGGUGGCUUGACACGUCACAGGUCCAUAUUCAAUGGACUUAAAGUCUUCUCAGAAGAUUAUCCAUUCGACUCAUCAAUUCAGAAACCUGAUGUGGUUAUAAUUCAUGAUGCUGUGCGGCCUUUUGUGGAGGAAGAUAUUUUAUUUAAAGUAGCAUCAGCUGCAAGACAACAUGGGGCAGCAGGCGCCAUCCGACCACUGAUUUCUACAGUUAUUGCUUCUUCUGUUGAUGGAACUUUAGAACAUUCGCUGGAUCGCUCAAAAUACAGAGCAAGUGAAAUGCCGCAGGCUUUCCUGUUUGACGUUAUUUAUCAAGCUUACCUCAAGUGUACUAACGAUGACCUGGAUUUUGGAACAGAAUGUCUACAUUUGGCUCUGAAAUACAGUAACACUAAAGCUAAGCUACUUGAAGGACCACCUGAUCUGUGGAAGGUGACCUACAAGCGGGAUUUAUAUGCAGCUGAAUCAAUUAUUAAAGAACACAUAUCUCAACAUUUGUGCAUAGUUACAAAUACAAAAGAAGAGGCAAUCCAGGUUGGUUUUUUGCUUCAUGAAAAUUUAAAAACGCAUGUGAAGGUAAAGGCUGUUUCAUCAUCCAUGUGCAAAACAGUUCACCAUCUGCAGAAUAUUUUUCAUGGGCAAUGUAAUAAUUUUAUUUGCAUAAAUGUUAAUGAAUCAGAUUUCGAACAAACCUGUCAGUUGGUUUAUUUACUUCAAAAUGCCCAUGGUGCUGCUUCAUAUCCAUCUGUAAUUAUUUCGGUUCAUAUAACUGAUCCGGAGCUUUGUAGCAGUGGAAUUCAAAAACUGGCCCCAAUCCGCAAACUUGGAAAAGAAGCACAAAAAUCAAAUGUUUUCCUGUACGGACUUCUGUUAAAUUUCUCUAAGGAUACUUCCCAGCUUCAAGAGACCAUAUGUGAAGGCGUUUCCAUUAUCAUUGCAUUGAUAAAGGACAGGAACCCUGCACUUGUGGGACAGAUUUUGGUUGCAUGAAAGAAUGUGAAAAAUGCCAUUUUUUUCAAAAUACACCAGUUUCCGCUUAACAAUAAGGGGCCAGAUUAUAAGUGGAGUGCAAACAAUUGCGCGAAAGGGUUUUUCGCGGGUGUUUUGUGCAUGUCUGGCUUAUCACUAAUAUUACAAGUUGAAAGUAAACGUAAUUGCUUGAGCACAAUUGCGAUUUAUGCUAGAAUGAUUACCGGGAAUUCAGAGCUCUGGUUAACUGUUUUGCGAAACUAAAAAGUUUUGCAAAUUAGAGAUACAUACUGUACAUAUGCAUAUCUAAAGAUAUAUAUAUGUAUAUAAUUUGUAAUCAGGUUUGCAUGUGAGUGGGGUGUUUUUUGGGGGGUUUUUCCACUUUUUUUCUCCAUUGACUUCUAUGGCGGAAUACGUAAACGCGCACACAAUAGUCUAACUUUGGCUUUUUGCAAUCGUUGGGUUAUUGUGCGAGAAAAACAACUUACUUUCAACUCAUGGUACGAGUGAAUACCGACGCGCGCAAAAAGAUUACUUCUAGCGCAAUUAAUGCUCAUGCGAGAGCCUUAAUUAGCGCUCCACUUGUAAUCUGGCCGAAAAUGUGUGACUAGUGCAAAGUUUACCAAAUGGAAACAUUCAUUUCAAUCCAGCAAAAGAGUCAAUAUGUCAUUAUUUAUAAAGCACGUGUGUCACACAUGUAGUACAAGACAUUGCUUUUUAUUGGUAUACAAUGGAGUCAUUUAUUAUUGGUGAGUGUAAUCUUAUUGUGUCUUUUUAUAGACUACUAAAUACUGACACUGGCUUGCUGUAUAUUUUUCUAUUGGACUUCUCCAAACUGAAAGCUCUAGAAAAAUAUAGUAAUGAACUGUAAAAAUUAGACUACAAAAAUGUAAGAUGUAAUCUAUGUAGCAUUGGUAGAAUUAAUUAAAUAACACUGCCUUUAUAAUUAAUUGCAUAUAAUCAUUUAUAUUCAUUAGGUUCAUGUUUUAAUAUUUUAUGAACAUUAGAUUAAAUACUUUUUUGUUUAAUAUAACCUUCAUUAGGCUUAAAAUUAAAUCCUUAAAUUAGAUUUUUUUUUAAUGUUUAUUAAUUUUUUUCAGAGUCUGAAUUUAAAAUUGCAAAAAGUUAUUAUUAAAAGGAAUAGGAAAGUCAAAAUUAAACGUGCAUGAUUUAGAUAGAGCAUGUCAUUUUAAGAAACUUUUAAAUUCACUUCAUUAUUUUCUAAUGUGCUUGUUCUCUUAGUAUCCCUUGUUAAAAAAUGAAUAUGCACAUAUCAUACACUAGUGGGAGCUGCUGCUAAUUGGUGCCUGCACACAUUUGUCUCUUGUGAUUGGCUAAAUAGAUAUUUUCAGCUUCCUGUCAGUAGUACAAUGCUGUCCCUUCAGCAAUGAAUAACAAGAGAAUGAAGAAAAUUUGAUGAUAGAAUUAAAUUGGAAAGUUGUUUAAAAUUGUAUGUUCUAUCUGAAUCAUAAAAGAAAAUGUUGGGGUUUACUAUCCCUUUAAGCAAUAACUUCAUUAAUAAAGUAUUGAUUUUGGCUUACAAAAUCAUUAUUUAUGGUGCAUCAAGAGUUUAUUUUCCUAAGUUAGUACUGAUGAUAAGCAGUCUCACCAGAGUAUUAUUUUUAAAAAAGCAUGAUAAUCAAAACAUAAUAAAAAAAAUCUGUCAUUAAAUUGAUUAUAUGAGCUACAGAUCUAUAAAGCAUCAGAUCCACUUGCAAACAACUGAUAUUAAAUUCUAUAAAAGUGGAGUGUAAUCUCUCCUAAAAUACUUACAAAAAAAGUCUCAGGUAUGCUUAUAUGUUGCAAAAUGAAUGCUGUGAUGCCACCAUAUUUAUUUACUUCACAUAUUGAAAAUGGUUUACAAUAGGGAAAAAACUGUGCAGGGAAGUUAUUUUGAAGAUAAUUUUUACCACUAACACUAUAUUUUAUAUUGCUGUUCAGAUAUGUGACUUCAGACAUUUUCUAACAAAUUAUGACAAAAUAUCCAAUAAAAGGAAAACAUAUUCUGAAAUGUC